CAUUCGGGGACAUUUGGACCACAGAGUUGUUUGCCAAAUGUCUAUUUUGAGUGCACAGGGGAACCAUGACCCCGUGGCCGAAAUAACACUAUGGAUAUGCAGUUGGUAAACAACAGACCCAUAGCUUGGUAGGCCUUAUAUUAUGACAUAACAAGCACUAACCUCGUUGUAAUUUGUAUACCUGGCUGUCAUAGUGGCAAAAGCCGGUUGUAAAAUCGCAAAAUACCGGGUAUAGUUCGUUCGAUGUUGUAUAUCGACGUACAGUGGGCUUCAGAAGUACAGACGUGUACAUUCGUAGACCCCUUGGCUUGUGAUAGUUUGUAACGUGAAGUUUAGUUUUCCGUCGUGUUCAACUGAGUUUCUCUUAGCGCAUCCUCAAUUCAUCACCUAAACUGCUGUAAAUAGUGUGUAUUCAUGCAGCGGGCUGCCUGGCUAAAGGAAAGCCUUAAAGACUGAAGACGGUCAUACUUUCCUACCUAGAGUCAUGGCGACGGUGAAAUCGGCAGCGGAGAUUGAGGAGGAGAUUUUGGGCAAGUGGAGGACGGUCCAGACGGAGGGCAUCCCCCAGCUACGGGAGGUCUUCAACAUCGACGAGAGCGUGGUGCCGGAUAACCCCCGUGGGGAGAUCGACAUCAGCAAGGACUCCGAGGGUGUCUACAUCAUCGUCAAUCGGUCCGAGUGGGGCACCAAGCGAUUGCGGGUGGAGCUGGGCAAACCCACGAAGGACACGGUCAUGGGCCGUGAGAUCGACAUGGUGACUAUCUGGGAAGGGCCACGGCUGGCCACUAAGGUCGUUGGUACCAAGGAUAACAUGGUGACCCGGGAGGUGGUUGACGGACGGCUGGUCAGUGUUGUCCACAUCAACGAUUUCGUCAUCACUUCAAUCGCCGAGAAAUAUUGAUCCGUCAUUGCAACUCGCAAUUAUAUAGCUCUAUGGGUAUAACACGUCUUUCUUGCAUUGCAUGGAUAAUUGAACGACCUUCCAUUACGAAAGAGAAAAAUCGUCAGGCAAUCGUUUCGUCGGAAAACUGCACUGUGCAAAAUCCAUUGGGCUAAACUGAAUACAAUACAGUUGGAGGACUUGCUGGGGAAACGUUUGAGACACAGAAGGGGUGUUUGUUGGACAAAAUCGUCUCAUGAAUGGAUUAAAAUUACUUUACCCCUAAGUUUCUUCUUCCGCGCAUUAUUGGUUGUAUACACUGCAAUUGGUGGGAGGUUUGUGGAAAGGUAAUGCAGAAUUAAAGUGUGAACAAGUUUUCAUUUUGCGCGCAAAUGAACCUGAUGCUGCGGCAGCCAAGGGAAUGCAUCUUUGUUUCCCGGCUAUAUUUUAACCCUUGUAUCAGACACAUUCCCUAUAAAAAAAAAUACUUUAAUUUCGUCCCGGAACAUCGUCGAGCACAAUUCUCAAUUUCAAUUUCAAAAAGCCAUGGAUUUCAUUUAAGGUUCAGUGUGAUUCAAAUGUGUAGCAUUCCAAUUCGUCCUUUUUGUUUUGGUAAUUAUGCCUAUAUGGCGAUCAGCGUUGAAAUGAAAAAGCAAAUUCAUUUCAAAUGAAAUUGAGAAUUGAGCUUGACGAUGUUCGGGGACGAAAUGCAACUUAUGAAAGUAUCUUUAUGGGGAAUUUGUGUGAUAUAGGCCUAUAAAUGUUUAAAAAAAAAAAAAAAAAAAAAAAAAAAACGUCCACCACCGUCACAAUUUUACGAUAAAAAGAAUUCAGCGGUGAAAAGACAAUGAAGGAGAGGCUGUUAGUUUCUUAAGACAGUUGUAAAAAUGUCUAUAGGCUGCUAUACGUAGACACGAAUGUGUUUGAUCUUAAAAAUUUAAAACAAAUUGCAUGCAGAAUACCUGAGAUUGAUGCAGUCAUCAUCGUGGACUGAAUUCAAGACGUAUGCACCAAAAGCUUCAGUUUUACAGACUUCGCUCGUACCCCCCGCCCUGCAAACAGGACGCUGGGAUACUCUGAUGAAUUCACGCUCUGAUUGGUUGGAUU